CAAAAGACAAUGAGGGAACGCUCUCCGUCGCUGUUUUCCAAGCAACUCAUCAGUCUCCAGCGACAAGUCGACACUCCUCAGUACAUACAAACCGAUCCCAUGCGACAUUCUCUCCUUCUCCCGACUAUUCACACUACAAGGAAUCCAGGGAAUUCAACAAGCGUAUCAAGGAACUCAAGGAAUUCAACAAAGUCCGCGGACAAUCACUUGAACACCAAAUGCGGCCGUCAAUCUUCUACCUCGGAUACUCUCUGACUGCCGUGCCCGUCGAACCCAUAUUCUACAACUCCGCCCUCUUCGACGCGGUCAUCAUUUUCAUCCCGGAGACGUUCCACAUCACGGUCAUCCCUGUCGCCGACGGUAUCUACUUCACCGUCAACUUCUUGUCUGCGGCCGGCGCCGACCAUCACCCCUCCCGUCUCCUUACAGACCAUGUCCGCGAACGGACAAACAGACAGACAAACAGCCAAAAACCAUCUCUCAAGGAUGAAGCUACCAUAAUUGCUUCCUCCACCUCUGGCUCCUCCUCCUCUUCCUCCUCCUCCUCCGCCUCUGGCGCCUUCGCCGCCUCCGCCAUCGUCGCCAUCAGCGCGGCCGCCCCAGUCUUCCCCCCUCUCGCGUUCUUUGUUGCCUCGAGCAGCAGCAACAGCAACAGCGACAGCGACAACAACAGCGCUAACAACAGUGCCAACAACAGCGCCAACAACAGCGCCAGCGGCAGCAACAGCAGCUCCCGCGCUUCAUCCUCCUCCUCCUCCACCUCCUCCUCGGCCUCGGCGUCGGCCUCUGCUCCCGCAGCCGCCGACGCCGUCGCCAACUCCAUGGUCGAGGGCGUCGCCUUCCCUCUCCAGUCCCUCAUAGGCAACGCGGGUGAGGCCGCGAGAGCCCGCCGCGACCGCGCCGUCGCCAUCACCGCUGCCCCUGCUGCUGCCCCCCCCUCCUGCUGGCUGCUCCUGAUGCUGCUUCUAACAGCGGCUCCGGUGCCAGCACCACCAACACCACCAAUACCACCGAUGUCGCCGACGCCGUCAUCAUGGAGCCCGCUCUGGCUCCCGCUCCUACCGUUCCUGCUCCUGCUCCUGCUCCAUGGUGGCUCCGGUGCCGGCACCACCACAACCACCGACGCCGCUCCUGCCACCACCACCAACACCACCACCACCACUUCCGCUUCUACCACCACCACCGCCCCCGUCAACGACCUCUUCUACAGACCCGCAGACCACCGACACCAUGGAUCAACCUGUAAGUCGCCUUCUUCUUCUCUUUUUUCCUAACCACAGUGUUAGACUAUCAGGCCAUAUUUCUUCAUGCAUUAUCCUCUAUAUUCACUUUACUUUUUCGUUGUUUCAACACCCUGCUAUCCCCUGC